AUUGAUUGAUUGAAAUUUUGGAUUUUGUUUCCUGAUUUUGCUCUUUGUUGUGUUUUUAUGACAUGGGUGUACCUUGUUGAUUCGUUGGGAUGUCCUCAAUAUCGUUGAAGCAAUGAGUUUGUCGGGAAUUUGUCGAUAUUCUACUGAUUCAGUGUUCACAUAUAGUUUUUCUUUGUCUGGAGUGUUCAGAUGUAGUUGAAUUAUGUAUUUUAUACUAAUUUUGGGGAAAAGUUAGGUUUUUGAAUUUUGAUAUUUUUUCUGCUCUGAAUGUGUGCAUAUCAUCAUGCGUUAGGCACUGUUUAAUGAAGUUUGAAAUAAAUCUAGAUUUUCUUUUCUAAGAGCUUGGUGCUAGUAGGAUAUGAGAAAUAUUUUUUUUCAGAGACGGUGUAAUUGUCACUAAGGUAGAAAUGUAAAUGGUAUUCAGUAGCAGGUACUGGAAGCAAGUUUAUUUAUGGAAAACUUAAUCAAAAGAGAGGAUAAGGGUCGGCCAUUGCCUAAAUUUGGUGAAUGGGACGUCAAUGAUCCUGCUUCAGCUGAGGGUUUUACUGUGAUUUUCAACAAAGCUAGGGAUGAGAAAAAGACAGGUGGCAAGCCCGAUUCACCAGCAAAGGUUGAUUCUCAUGCUAGGCCUGGAGUAAAUCCUGGCAAACCCCCAGCUAAAAAAUGGCUUUGCUGCUUUUGAAGUCCGGCAGAAUCAUGAUGAGGUCCUCCCCAUAUGAGAGCUUUCAAAGGAAUACUUCGGAAAUCCCCAGCACAUAUAAGUCUGGAGAAGGUAGAUAUUUAGGGCUGUGAUUACUGGAAUUUGUUUUCUUUGAUGACACACUGAGUUGUGUCUGGGGAUAGGAGCAAAAAACACCAUAUCAUUAUUGUAUCUAUAUGCUGAAUUUGUAUUCUCAGCGGCCAAGUUCUUGUUACUGGGCUUGUUAUAUGUUAUGUUUAUGUAAGUGUAUGGAUGGAUGAGAUUGUUUUGUGAAUUAUAAUACCAAUGCUUCUUUUUCA